CUGAGCCUCACGUUACAUUUCGCAGUGGAGAAACGACCUGAGUAGUAUUGUAUUUGCACGUGCGUCUCGCUUCCUUACUCUAAGCGUAAAACAGUCACGUGUUGUUUAGACUGCACUCCGUCAUGAAAGAUGGAGGUGUUUGACGAAGUCGGUGACUUGAUCCUGUCACAAAUUCCACUUGACGAUAUAGAGGACUUUAAUCUAACCAAAGAGCAAGAAAAAAAUAGGUUUGCUAAACCUGUAAGUGGUAGUUAUAUUGAAACGAUGCAGGAAAGUAGAAUUCCAACUGAGACCAAACGAAAUACUCGGUGGUGUGUCAAAGUUUAUGAUUCGUGGGCCUUGCAGAGAAAUUCAUCUGUGACUUCGAAUGGCGUCCAAGAAAGUGAAAAAUACUGUUUUGUGGCACCUCUGUCUUCAGAAAUAACAGCAGAAUGUCUGGAUUACUGGAUGUGCAGAUUUGUGUGUGAAGCUAGAAGGCAAGACGGCAGUUACUACCCUGCUUUGUCUCUUAAAAGUAUAUGUAUUGGUAUUUGGAGAUUUAUUUGCAACACAUGCACACGGUAUGACCUGAAUUUUAUGGACAACAAUAAUAAUCAUUUUGUCAAUUUCCGGAGUACAUUAGAUGCAGUAAUGAAACAGUUAAACAGCCAAGGCAUAGGAACGCAUACAAAACGUGCUGAUCCUGUGACACGCACAGAUGAGCAGAAAUUGUGGGAUUCUGGAACGUUUGCUUUGAACAAUUCUAGGGGAUUACUCAAUGCUGUUUAUUUUUAUAAUUGUAAGGUGUUUGGUCUGCGGGCUGCAGAUGAGCACCGUAAUCUUGAAGUUUCUCAAUUUGCAUUUGGAGAGGAUAACAAGGGUGAAUUUGUUCGAUUUCAAGGCAGAAAAACGAAAAACAAUCAGGGCGGUCUUGGACAAAGCGGGAAGGUACAGUUCAAAGAAAUUAAGCAGUAUGCACAUCCGGGUAAUGAACGAUGUGUAGUUGCACUGUUGAAGACUUAUUUAAGCAACAUACCCUCAGAAGGACCCUUCUAUAGACGAGCACUUUCACCAAACGAAGAAAGGUCAGCAAGGUUUUCUCAGCAAAAGCUUGGAUUACCCACCAUCCAGAAAUUGUUCAGCACAAUGUGUAAUCAAGCUGGUCUUGAAGGACGCUUUACAGGUCAUUCAGGAAAAGCAAGUUUCUUUUGA